AUCCAUAUUAUCAUCCAUAUUGUGAUCCAUAUCAAUACUUAACCAAAGAGACAACGUUAGAGGUGGUUAGAGAGAGCAAAAUCAAUAAACUUAUUAAACUCUAAAUAAAUAACGCAUCCAGAGCUAUAAACUUAUAAAUUCUAAAUUGUAGUUUUUUAUCUCUUUACUUGUUUUUUUAAGCAUUUUUGCAACGUUGCCAUGUGAUUUAUUCAUGGCAGGAAUUUUUUUCAGGAUUUAAAAUCCAUUUUUUAACCUCUUUCUCUUUGACGUUUUAAAUUCCUUCCUGCAAAACGUUUUCCCUCCAAACAGUUUAAUGCCGGCAAUUAGGAAGUUUUAAGUUUGAAUAUAGUGUGUGCUAAUAAGAGUUUUUAAAUUGUCUUUUACUUUUUAAUUUAUUGUAUUUUAAUAUAUAAGUAUACAAGCAACCGACACAAAAUGUUUUGGGGUCUUAUUAUGGAGCCUUCAAGGCGUUACACUCAAAGAACAGGGAAAUCUUUUCGAGUUACAAUGGCGGCGUUGGAUUUCUCCACAUCGGACGAUGAACCAGCUCAAGUUAUGUGCCACUAUGAAGGCAGAACUUAUUUAUUGUGUACUUUGAGGAAACCGGAUCUUUUGCAAUGUCCUUUAGACUUGGAAUUUACUAUGGGCUCAGAAGUAUGCUUCGCUGGUAAUGGUAAUGCCCACAUCCAUCUCACUGGGCACUUAAUAGACGAAGAGGCACCAACACUUGCUUAUCUAGAAGAGGAAGAGCGAGCGACUCUUGGACGCGGUUGGGUAUCAAAUAAACUCGGGUCUUCACAGGCUGAAAAGAAAAAAUCGGGAAAGAGACACGAGAGCGAGCCACCUUCGAAAAAAGCCAAGCUUACGAAUGGAUCUGCAGAAGAAGAAGAAGAUGAAUCUGACGAUCCAGAUUUUGAAGAAGAGGAACCUGAGAACGAAGAGGAUGAUGACGAUGAAGCAGAGGGAGAAGAAGAUGAAGAUGAUGAAUCAAAUGAUGAAAAUGAAGACGAACAAGAUGAAUCUGAUGCUGGCGAAGAGGAAGAAGAAAAUGAGAAACAAAAUGAAAAUGUGAGAAAGAAGUCGAACCUGAGAGCUGAAGAUCAGGAACUAAACAAGAAGGGACAACCGAAAACGAAACAGAAGAAAACUUUAGAAAAAGGUGUUAUAAUAGAGGAACUGGUCGAAGGCACUGGCCCAGUUGCUAAAUCAGGCCGUUUAAUAAGUGUAUACUAUGAAGGCAGGUUGGAAAAAAAUAACAAACAAUUUGACUCUAUGCUGAAAGGUCCCGGUUUCAAAUUUCGGUUAGGAGGUAACGAAGUCAUCAAAGGUUGGGAUAUUGGUGUGGCAGGCAUGAAAGUUGGUGGAAAACGUAAAGUUAUAUGCCCCCCACAAGUUGCUUAUGGUCCAAAAGGGUCACCUCCAGCAAUUCCUCCGAACUCAACAUUAGUUUUUACAAUAGAAUUGAAGAAGGUUCAGUAAUUAUAUGUAUUUUAUUAAAUUAGCAUAUAACGUAUAAAUCUGUUCUUACCUUUUAAAGUCUUUUUUUAUACUAUGAGGUCACAUUGAUCAACUCAAUAUCUAUUAUACAUAAAAUGUUUUUGGAUAAAUGAAACCACUUGUUUGUGUUUACUGUUUGUAUAUUGUGUUUGAGAAAUCACUUGUUAUUUUUUUACUAUUACUAAGUGAGUGUUAGAGUUGCACUGAAUAUUCGGCAAACUAUACUAUUAUAAUGUAUCACCAUAUGAUUACAUGCGUGAUAAAUAUGAAUUUUGUGUUACUAUCAACUCAUUUCACAUCUUGUUAGUCUUAAAUAAGAAAUAGAAGUUAAUUUAUAUCAUUUAUAUAUUUUCAAAUAUAUUAAUAAUAUAUAUAAACGAUAAACAUAAAAAUGACUUGAAUUUAACACAAAAUUCAUAUGUUAUCUGUGAUAAUUUGCAAGAACCACACCACUAUUACACUCUACCAAAUAGUUGCCGAAUAUUCGCUGCUUCUCUAGUUUAUAUGGAACUAUUUGAUGUACCGGUUAUUACUUAGACUAAUUUUAAAACUGUAUUAAAAUUUUGUAAAUGUUUAUAAUAAAUUAUUUUUCCCUUGUCGAA